AUGUCAUCGAAACCGGUCCAGCUCCUUCGCAACACAAAGGAUCCCGUUGUAUCAUCAAAAGGAAGCAGAGACCCUCACCGAUCCGUCCAAGCAAGCGCCCAACCAGGGAAAGGCUCUUCCCCCUCCCCUUCCAGACCUCAAAACCGCAUCACCAACCCAGCCCCGGCCACCAAAGCAAAACCCUUCACCCAAGCCCUCUCAGCAGCCGAGACUCUGACCCGCGGCGGGCCCCUCGCCUCUGACCGCUACUACCCGCUGACGCCCGGCCUGCCAGACGACGAUCCCAACGACCCGCUCAAUUUGCAGAUCAGAUCGCUCAUAUGGAGGAACAAAGAGCGAGAUGGCAGGAAGGGGUAUCUGAAUGUGAUACGGGCGACGUUGCUCGAGUAUGCCUCGCUGUCUUAUGAUGAGGAAGCGAAUGAGUUUACGGACAAGUAUGAUCUGCAUAUUAAGCAGUUGGUGAGAGUGCUGGACGAGUUGAAGAAGUGGGGGCAUUGUACUUUGGGGGGGCAGGUUGUGAGGCCGGGUUGA